AUGCAGAAAUUCUCUCUUCCUACGAGCGACGAGCAUGAACAAAGUACGAACAAUUCUUCCUCUUCCUCCUUGUCCUCUUCAUCAUCCACCACCACCACCACCACCACCACCACCACCACCACCUCCUCCUCCUCCUCCUCCUCCUCCUCCUCCUCCUCCUCCUCCUCCUCCUCCUCCUCUUCCUCCUCUUAUGUCUACACCCUCGCUUUGUUCUUGUGCGUCGCAUUUGUAUACAGUGUGAAAGCAGUGGCGAUGAUGAAGACGGGGGCCAAUGGAGGAGGAGGAGGAGCAAGAGCAGGAGCAGGAGCAGGAGCAGGAGCAGGAGCAGGAGCAGGAGCAGGAGCAGGAGCAAGCAUGAAAGUGAUCUUCCUAGACGUGGACGGAGUCCUCCUGCCCUUUGGGGACGAAUGCGAUCAAGACAAGUUUACAAGUGAGUCCAUGGAGAGCCUUUCCGCGACCAUGGCGGCAACGAGCGCUACUCUUGUCCUCUCCUCAACAUGGCGAUGCGGCAGACAGCAGGAGGUACUACAGCAGUUCAGCAGCUUCUGCAAGCAGCAUCCAGCCUCUCCUCUCCGUUCCCUCCUCCUCCAGGAUCAAUUUCCCCACACCACCUGCCCUCGCAUGCACAACUACAGGCAGUGGGAGAUCGCGGAGUGGCUGCGGCAGGCGGAGGAGGAGGGAAUGAAGGUGUCAGGAUGGUGCGCCAUCGACGACGAGGAGCUCGUCUCGUGCUCGCCGGGAGACGGUGGAGGGACGCACAACGUGCGAUACGCCAGAAUGUUUCAAGGGCGAUGCGUCAAGACGGCGAGCAGGUAUGAGCAGGAGGGAGGGAGGAAGGGAGGGGAGGAGGCGGCGGAGAAGCUGCGGAAUCGGACUGUCUGA